ACAACCGUGUUCCGCUUUUAAAUCACCGGCGCUAUUUUGAACCUAAUUACAUGUUAACUAUAGAAGGAACUGUUAACGCGAAAAAUGGAUGAACUUUUAAGCGAUGUGGUACCACAAGAGGAUUUGGAGAGGUUUGAAAAAAAAUAUCAUCACGAACUUGAGUUGGAUGGAGAAGUAGCCACAGAGACAAAAUUUGAGUAUGCAUUCUGCCUGGUCCGUAGUCGUUACACAAACGACAUCAGAAAGGGUAUUUUGUUAUUGGAGGAGUUGGCCCGUACUCACCCAGAAGGAAGACGUGACUAUAUAUAUUACCUCGCAUUUGGAAAUGCUCGUAUAAAGGAGUAUACUUCUGGCUUAAAGUACUGCAGAGCUUUUCUGGACAUCGAAUCCAAUGAUCAAGUGCGCUCCCUUCAGGAAUACAUUAAGAAACAAAUUGAUAAGGAAGUUGCGAAGGGCAUGGCAGUCGCUGGUGGAGCAGCCCUUGUACUUGGUGGAAUAUUGGGUCUAGGCAUUGCUAUGGCUAGAAAUAAACAAAAACGGGAGAAAUAGUGAAAUCCAUAAUUUUUACGGAAUCUUAAUCCACCUGCAACUUGCACAACACAGCCGUUUUGUCUGUUGCUUAAAUCGAUAAAUAGUAAUUUACUUCAUUAAUGUUCUUAAAUAUUGUAUUAAGUUUAACCGCUAUAAUUCAAUAAAAGGCCCAAAUGUUAA